AUGUUGCUAUCGUGUGCGAUUUGUUUCCUCUUAAUUUCAUGCAACACCGCAGCAAAUAUACGUGAGAAGAUACCCGAGGAAACAGCGCAAAGAGUUCAUCAACCGAAAGCACAGUGCGCUUUCUCGGUGCACAAAGAAGGACCUCAAGGCGAGGUGGUUUCAGGUAAUAUUCCACAAUUCAUCACUUCAUCUCAACAUUCCUGCUGA